GAACGUGAAGCAAAUAAACUCAACAACAACAGUUCCAAGGAUCAAAUGACAAAUCUAGCCAAUGGAUGUAUUGUGGUGAAUUUAGCGGUCCAAGAACAGUCUUUAUUGAAACUUCGAUACGUUGUGAAGCUCAGAGGCAUAGUUUUUCAUAGGCUUGACGCUUUCGAUGCGUUAGCUUCAAUAUGGUAAAACCCGAACUGAAAUCGGAAGUUCUAAAACCGCCAUUGCUGCCUCCUACGAGUGGUGACUCGGAAAUAGACUUAGAGGGGAACAAAGUGGCAAAAGAAGAUUCAGAAGUUGGCCUUGUGGUACAUUUUGACACUGAAAGAAGCGCAAAAACGCCGAGAAUAUGUUUGUUUGCUGGUCUCUUCGUGUUUAUUCUCCUGGUCGGGUUUUUAGCCGUGUAUCUCAUUGGUAGGACGCAUGGAAACAGUCCUGAAGCCAGACAAGCCAAUAUGGCUGAUGACAUGGCUGUUGUUCCUGAACGUGAAGCUAACACAAGCUCCAUGUGGAAGCAGAAUGUUUCAUGGGAGACGAAGGAGGAAUUAUUCCAGCUUUCUGAUGCCAUUGGCAAUUCUGAUAACAUCAUUAGUUUGCGGCCUAUAUACAGGAAGGAUCUGCCUCCUGCAUAUAUUGCCUACUGGGAGUUAAAACUUCAUGGAAAAACAGGAGAAAGAUAUGUAAUCAUAUCAGCAGCUAAAGAGACCGGGGACCACCGGCUUGCCGAAGAGGGACCCGUCCCCAGUCCCAUUGACCUAAUGGCCGACCAGGCUGAGAGGCUUGGUUACCGAUGCCAUCGCGUGUACCGGCUGACGCCCACAGGGCUAAUGGUAUGCGAGGACAGAAACCUCAAGAGACUGGUGUCGGCAACCAACGAUAUCGUCAAUACGAACUCAAUGUUCUACAGUGUCAAGUGGCGCGCCCUGGACAAACAAGUGGCGAAUGCGUUGACGGGAUAUCGAAAGGACUGGCGGGAGCUCGCAAACAGAGUUAAAAAAUUGCCGGAGUGGAACCGUUUUAAGUGGCUAUCUAUGAAGUCAGGCAAAUGGCCGGUUCCGGAACCAACCCGAAUCUCAUCCGAAUCGUACGAAGAGAAGCACACGCACGAGAAUGGUGAAGACGCGGAUAAGCCGAAAGGGAAAUGGCACCGAAAUCGCUCCCGAAACAAACACAAACAACACCGCGAAGACGAUAACGAAGAGGAGGAGACCGAACUCGGGCUGCGUCCGGGCGAGAUCGUCCGCCUUCCGAUAGGCCGACACCUAAACGAAGUAUAUAUUCGUUUCUCGGGAUUCAGCAAAAUGAGUCGCCAUCCCUCGCGAAAAAGCACGAGCCGCUGGCAGCGCCGUCUUUGCCGCGUGUUGUGUGACGCGUGCGAGGGUUCUGAUUACACGCGCGUUAAGCGGAAAUACGUGAAGAAAACCCGAUUGGGAGAUCGUUAUAUCAAGCUCCGGAUCGAAUCCGAUUCACGUUUUGUCCGAAAGCAGCUCCAAGGACAAGAGAUUCGGUUCCGCAUUGAAGUGAUGACCGGCCGAUUGAAGAUCGUAGUGGUGAAUUACGGAAUCGUGUUAAAGUCCUCGCGCCAUCCGCGCUCUGUCGCCACCGAACUGUACAAGAUCCCACGACCCGAAUUGUUUCCAGACUUUCAACACUUCUCGCGCGGUACAUGCGCGGCAGGGUGUGGCGCGGCGGCCUGGGCUAUGAUUCUUGGUUACUAUGGUAACAUGGGGGAGCAGAUGGCUGGCACGACUCACAGGCAAAGUCCCCCGAACUCCACCACUCUCUCACCGAUGGCUAAGCGGACCUUUCUUCUUGUCGAGCGCAUCACACGAAAACUGAACCCCAACUGCAGUACGUCCACGGAGGCCGUGAGACGCAUCGGUCAGUCAAUCCAGGAUAUUUCCCACACCGCACUUACUCUCAUCACGGAGAACGACCAUGGCAAUACUGAAACUGCGACAAGCACAUCUUUACAGCUUCUAAAAAGCGGAGUGCCUGUGGUGAUGAGCAAGGAGCGCGGGGAUUCGGGCGAGCACCAGUACGCGGUUGCUACGCAACUGAGAGAAAGGCAGCGCCAAUACAGAGUAUGCGGCACAGAGUGUUCCGAGUGGCGAGAGGAGACUACAAGCGAAGUGUGCGUCCAUUCAUCCGGCACGGGUACACAGGCGUGCAAGUGGGAGAGCGCGGACACUCAUUUUGCAGGGGCUCUCGUCAAGAAAGGGACAUAAUGUGUUUAAGCGGAGCAACCCCGUGUAAAUAGUCCCGAAUUUCAGGCGAAAGAAGAAGAGAGACGGUUGUAAAUCACGUUUAGUGAUAAACUAUCAGAAGUCAAGGUUAUGCAAACUGGUAUCAUUACGUUGGUGGUUCUGUGGCGAGUCUGCCACUCUACGUGCACAGGGAACCCGUGAACUUGUACUUGGUACUGUAAAUGGAAGUCUGCGUUAACAACUUAAUAGACUCCAAAUUGUAACUCGAUGAUUGGUAUUCUAACGUUCAAGAAUUGAAUCUCUGUAGAUGUAACGAAUCCACUAGAAGAUAUCCGAACUCAAGCAAAUAUGGUUAAGCAGCAUGUAAACAUUUAUGAACACUCGCACUGGCAUUACUCGGGUUGAGAGCCUCAUACGUCUCUGUGCUUAGCUCAUCUCUGUGCUUACCCCCCCCUCCCCCCCCCCGUCGACCUCUCUGAAAGUGUGUCAUUUCAAAUUGAAGUUUCAUUAAAUAUUUUAGUUAUUUUCCAUAUGAUAUCUAUGACUAUGCACACCUCCCGCAAAUCCUGGCUAUACGCAUGUAUUAAUUUGUAUAGCUUGUAUUUGUUAACAAGCAUAGAUAGAGGUGGUUCGAUCUGAGAGACGUUCGAAGCUCUGGAACCAUGGUAAACUGGCCUUGGACAGUUUUUAUAAAAUAACUUUCAAGCAUUUUAAAUAUUGGUAUGUUACCCAUAGAAAUUGCUACUGAAAAUAAAAACCUAGAAGACAGAGUAAA